UUGGGCAGAUAUAUCUUUACCGGCAGUCAACGCGCCAGCAUUUCCCUUCGGAAGAUUUUCGGUCAAAAACCUGUUUUCUAACCCCUGCUGUUCUACGUGUUUCCGGCCAAUCUUUCGGCCAAGGGUUAGGCUAUCGUCAGACAGAUAUAUAUGGAGAAUAACCUAGAAGACGGAUUAUUGCUGUUGAAGUCUUGUUUGGAUUCACCUCAAUCACGCAAUGAACCUCUCUCCUAUCAAGGAAAUGCUUCCAAGCCUCGACCCACGACCACAUUCGCCGAUCAUCUUGUACGGGAGCACCGUCUGUGGAACCGCUCAGAAGUCCUGCGUUCAGACUAUCCUGAUGGGAAUUGUGAGACAGGAAGAGGUCCGAGGCACGGUGCGGUGGAGAUCAGGUUCAGUAACUGCUUGGGUCGAUAUCUGGUAGCUAGUCGAGACAUAGCCGCCGGGGAAGUGGUUCUCCAGGAAGAACCAUUGUUGAUAGUUCCGAAGGCUGGUUCAGAACCUACUUGCCUAGCCUGUUUGAAGGUGCUGGCAAGCGAUUGGAAUGGCUGUGAGGAAUGUGGUGGUCCUGUAUGCAGUCAGGAUUGUGGUGGACCUCAUCAUGCGUCGCAGGAAUGCAAUUUAAUCCGUCGCAUGGGAUUUAAACACUCCUCUCACCGUGAAAGUCAUAUCAAAGAACUCAAUAUCAUUUUAGGACCUCUGAGAGCCCUUCUCUUGAUUCAGGAAUCACCACCUGCAAAGGAACUAUUUUUUGCUUUGCAGAGUCACGAGGAGAAGCGGAAGAAGAUGCAGAUUGGCUCCGUCGUGAUGGAACAUAUAGUCAAGGUACUCCACACCCGACUGGGUCUGGAAGUGGAAUCUGAACUCGUUCACCGCGUGUGUGGAGUGUUGGACACGAAUUCCUUCGACGUCCCUCUGGAUAAUGAUCAAAGAGGACGUGCUAUUUUCAUCGUAUCUUCAAUGAUGAAUCAUUCUUGCGUGCCCAACGUCCAGCGAUGGUAUUUUAAUGGAGAUUUGAUAGUACGGGCCUCUGUGGAUAUUGCAAAAGGCGCUCCGAUACUAAUCAACUAUACCCAGUGCCUUUGGGGCACUCGCGCGCGCGAGGCACAUUUAAUAGGUUGCAAAAUGUUUAUCUGCAAGUGCCAGCGAUGUUUAGAUCCAACAGAACUGGGUUCCCAUAUGAGUUCCAUUCCUUGCCCUGAGUGCCAAGUUCUUAUGGUGCCACCAGCUGGCUGUCAGAGGUCCUGGACGUGCCUCUCUUGCGGGAAGAGUACAGAUCCGAUGGCUAUCGAGUCUAUGGUUGGAGCCGGUGCUGUGGCUCUGAGACGUCUUCCAAGAGAUGACCCAUCAGCUAUUAAGACAGUGCUGUCGCAUCUGAGCCGUCUCUUAGGUCAAGGCCACUUUAUCGUCUGCCAGAUCAAGUAUGCUUUAAUUCAAGCCAUUAUGAGUCUUCCAUUGCAAGAGGUAGAUUCGACAGACUUGAUUAAAGUCUUGGAACUUACCAGGGAACUCCUCAAGUUAGCUUCAAUCGUUGAACCUGGACUUACACGAUUUAGAGGCUUGCUGUUGCUGGAGCAAAUACGAGCCUCGUACGAGUUACUGGAACGAGCCCAAGGGGCUGACGUAGCUGCUGACGUAGAGGCUGACGUAGGAGACGUCAAGGAAAGCGUAGAAGUCAACAGGUUCGAAUCCAACGCUCCCUUCUCUCGAUUCACACACAAAGUCAAGGUGAUGCUGUCUCUGGUGGCAGAUUGUGAGUGCCUUUUGCAGUACGACCCUCGUCUUCCUGAGGUGAUCCAGCUCUCUCAACGGCUUCAGAGUCUUCUCUAACUCCAUGUUCAUCUGCCAGAGGGUGAUUCCGUUCUGCUAAAACCUGCUGCAUCUUCGACAGUUCGAUCCGCACCUGCCGGAGGGGAUCCGGCUCAGCGAACACCAAAUUUCUGAGUGAUAUUGGGCUCUGUCAUAUCUACACUUGAAACUGUGUGUGGAGUCAGCCUCCACCACAUCACUUCCUAAUGCAUGUGUGUGUGUGUGUGUGUGUUUGUGUGGGUGGGUGGAUGUGUGUGUGUGUGU